GCAGGUCAACGUCACUUCCUCUACAACUUGACCCGGAAUUGAAGGUUGACCAGCAGUCGGUGCGAAAUCGCCAUAGUGUUUAUUAUUGUUUUGUUGGUUUGUUGGUUUUCUACUCGUAAAUUGUGUGAGAAUCACAUACUUUUGAUAGUUUACUGAACAUUUGAAGCCAUGGCGCAGUAUAAAGGAGCAGCCAGCGAGGCUGGACGAGCCAUGCAGUUGACGAAAAAGCGUGAAAGAGAACGAGAGCAACUGGAGCAGUUGAAGAAAAAAAUUGCAGAGGACAAUAUGGUGAAGUCCAACAUUGAUAAGAAGUUCUCUGCUCAUUAUGAUGCAGUGGAACAAGAACUCAAAUCCAGCACUGUGGGUCUGGUGACGCUUAAUGACAUGAAGGCAAAACAAGAGGCCUUAGUCAAAGAGAGAGAAAAACAGCUGGCUAAGAAGGAGCAAUCCAAGGAAUUGCAACUGAAACUAGAAAAGCAGAAAGAGAAGAAGCGGAAGGAAGAGCAAAAGAGAAAGAUUGCUAGCUUGUCCUUCAACCCUGACGAGGGAGAAGAUGAGGAGGAGGAGGAGGAGGAGGAGAAUGACAAUGAGGAAGAGGAAGACAUGGAGGAGGACUACUUUCCAGUGAAGAAGAAGAAACUGGGGAAGAAUCCAGAUGUGGACACCAGCUUUCUACCAGAUCGAGACAGAGAGGAAGAGGAGAAUCGUCUACGAGAGGAACUACGGCAGGAAUGGGAGGGGAAGCAGGAGAAGAUCAAAAGUGAGGAAAUUGAAAUCACCUUCAGUUACUGGGAUGGCUCAGGUCACAGAAAGACUGUCAAGAUGAAGAAAGGCAAUACUAUUCAGAACUUCUUACAAAAGGCGCUGGAAAUCUUGAGGAAAGAUUUCAGUGAGCUAAGAUCAGCUGGUGUGGAGCAGCUAAUGUACAUCAAAGAGGAUCUGAUCAUUCCCCAUCACCACAGCUUCUAUGACUUCAUAGUGACAAAAGCCAGAGGCAAAAGUGGACCGCUCUUCAGCUUUGAUGUACACGAUGACAUCCGAUUGAUAAACGAUGCUACCGUUGAGAAAGAUGAGUCCCAUGCAGGUAAAGUGGUCCUGCGAAGCUGGUAUGAGAAAAACAAGCACAUCUUUCCCGCCAGUCGAUGGGAGCCAUAUGACCCAGAGAAGAAAUGGGAUAAAUACACGAUCCGGUGAUGAAUCUCCCUCCAGUAUCAACGUUAUGUUACUUACAGAUUUCAUACUCGCAAUAUCAGAACAUUUUAUUUCCUGUCUCAAAUACCAAGGAAAGGAGACUACCCUAAAUUGUUUUUUUAAAUGUAUAUAUUCAUCAACCAGAUCUGUUCUAGGUCUAGGUCAUAGAUUCAUUGAACUGUAUUUAGUUUCAUUGCAGAAGUUGGUGUCGUCAAUAAAAUAUUAUGAACAGUU